AUGCCGUCAACGCCGAUCGGCCUGCUGCUGCUGACCCUCCUCCCUCUCCUCCCAGCAUCCUGUCUCCAGGUCAGCCCCAACAGAUCCCAGUUCUUCCAGUAUGAGUCCAUCUCUCUGAGCUGUGAGGGUCAGUUGAACGCCACCGGUUGGAAGGUGAAAAGGAGAACGAAGGAGGGCGGGGUCAGGCCCUGCUCCUCCGGCUGGGGGUACUACUCCUCGGGCUCCACCUGCACCAUCCGAAACACUUACCCGGCGGACACUGGGGAGUACUGGUGCGAGUCGGAGAGAGGGGAGCAGAGCCCCGGCAUCAACAUCACCAUCACUGAUGGUGCCGUGAUCUUAGAGAGUCCUCCACUGCCAGUCACAGAGGGAACUGAUGUGAUUCUACGCUGCAAAACCACUUCAGAACCCUCCAACCUCAUGUAUAACUUCUUCAAGGAUGGCCACCUUGUCCGGAGCAGCAGCUCCGGAGGGAUGACCAUUCAAAGAGCUUCCAUAGUCGACGGGGGACUCUACUCGUGCAACGUCUCAGGAUACGGAGAAUCUGCCGGUAGCUGGCUGACAGUUACAGGGUCUCUUGCGGCGUCAUCUGCGGCUCAGCCUACCGUCUCAGGGCCAUUCCUCGUCUUCAGAGUGUUGUGUCACGUGGUGGUGGGAACGCCUUACGUGCUGUCCAGCAUCCUGCUAGCUCUCAUAUACAGAGACAGGAAGAAAGCCACACUGACCGUCACUCCUGACCGAUCUCAGUUCUUCCGGUACGAAAACAUCUCUCUUCGCUGCGGGGACUCCAGCUGGACGUUGAAGAGGAACACUUCCUACCGCACGGCUCAGGAAUCCCAGCAAGGGUGGGCGCUCCCCAGAGGGGAUGCCUGGCUGAUUGAGACUGCUUACCCAUCAGACUCUGGGGUGUACUGGUGUGAGUCCCAGCAGGGGGAAUGCAGCAACGCCGUCAACAUCACAGUGACCGCUAAAGUUGUGAUCCUGGAGAUCCCUCCACAUCCCGUGAACGAGGGAGACGAUGUGACUCUUCAUUGCUCUUACAAGGAAGAAGAAGAGGAAAAAUCAACUUCGAAGUUCUCCACGAACUUCUACAGAGACAAUGUUUUCAUCGGGAAAGAAGAUACAGGGAAGAUGAGCCUUAAAUCCCUGUCCAGGGCUAAGGAAGGUUUUUACCGGUGUCAGCAUCCUUCUCAUGGGAAGUCUGAAGAAAGCUGGCUGCCAGUGAAAAGUGCUUCUGUUUCUCACAACGAACUGCAGUCUACAGCUGUUUCUCCCACUCCAUCGACUACCUUUAACCGUUGGAGCCGGCUGAUUAGCGGCGUUCUGCUCUUCGCCCUCUACACUGUCGUCCUCAUCUUGGCUGUGUACACGUACCGAAAGUUGGUUCGAGCCAGAGCUGAUGCCAGAAGCUGCUGAUCAUCGGACCACGAUAAAGAAGAGGAAAAAACACGUCCCCUGGUAUUAAUUAGCCUGUUUGCAUUCUGACCAUUGGUAAUAAGUAAAAAAAAAGGGAAAAAAAGUAUUUUUGUGCAUCUAACAGCUGUAAUACUUUACAAUAAUUUACCAGACCACAUGGGGUCAAAGAGUAGAUUUAAACGAAGCAGGGAUCCUAACAGGGUUAACAAUAUUAUUACAAUAUGCACUUUCACCUUUAAAUAAUUACAAUAUUAUGCUACUGUGACAUUUGUCAAAAGUAGAAAUAAUAAAUAUAAUGCUCUCUGUUUCUCUGUCUUAGUUACUUACUUACUUACUUAAAAUACUUAAACUUUUGCAGUAAGUAAAGGUUGUGAUAGAUUACUUCCCAUGUGUAAUAAUCUAUCCUGUACGACCAACCGGAUACUUUCACUCCACUCUGCAGCUCCACUACGCUUUGUUUCCGUUCCUAGGCAACGGUAAUGCCAUAUUUACGUACUGGAGUUUCAGAAUAAAAGCAGAGCAUUGAACAUCAUGGAAUAUUACAGUAAACAGUGAUCACUGUUUUUAUUCUUUAUUAUUAAAGUCAGGGUAUCUAUAGAGAUAUAGUCAAAAUAUAUCAAUGCGUUGUAAAAGCCAACUUAGUAAACCACAACUGGUUACUGUGUUACUGCAAAUAAUCACAUCAACUACCCAUGAUCCCUCACUCCCUGCUCUCUCUGAGACAUAAAAUACCAUUAGAAAACGGAAAGGUGAAAUCCUGCAAUCUGAUUGGUUGUUAACUGUGGUAUAAUGAUCUGAUUGGUUGUUAACUUUGGUAUAAUGAGCAUAUUAUUUUUCAUUUCAAUGUAUACAGUAUACUGUAUUUUGUAAUUAUAUGUUUUUACUUUUUUUUACCCUCCCCUGCAUGUGUGUGUUGAGUUACUGCUGCUGCACAAAGUGCAUUUCUCCAUUGAGGAAGAAAUAA